GCCUCGAUGUUCGACGACUCGCAAGUCUCACAACACCACCCUCUCAUUUCUCCCCAAUUUCUCCCCCAACUCAAAGCGAGUCCUCGGACGGACGGAAUCGCGACGAAGAAGAUCGAAUCUGAAAUCAAUCUCUGCGGACGUAGCGGUUCUUGAUCCGUUUGUUGUAGGGUCCGUGGGUGAUCUUUUCUUACCUGUCUUGCAAAACAAAACAUUGCGUGAUAGCUUGCCUUCUGGUUUCUACUUUAAGCUCAAUAUAGGGUUUGUUAACAAUAGCUAAAACUGACAAGCUGUACGGACUCGGAGGAAUUGUUGUUACUCCACAGAUUUCUUGGUCUUGUGUAUGCAAGAUGGCUGGUGUGAAAAGAAGGGCUUAUAAAGAUUCAGAUAUUCGUGCUUUUCACAAAGAGUUGGAUGAGGUGUCUUGUCCUAUCUGCAUGGACCAUCCACAUAAUGCUGUUCUCCUACUAUGCAGCUCACAUGAAAAGGGAUGCAGAUCUUAUAUAUGUGAUACAAGUUACCGACAUUCAAAUUGCCUAGACAGGUUUAAGAAACUAAGAGUCAAUUCUAGGUGCAAUCCAACUUUACCUAAUUCUUUGCCUAGAAAUGCAGACCAUUCUAGUGAUGCUUCUGGUAGGAAUUCGUCAAACAGUGCAAUUCAUUUUAAUGAUAUUGAUAAUCCAAAUGGAAAUCACAGUGCAACAGUUAGUGGAUCAUCUGAGGGGCAUGGGGAUGAUAACACUGGAGAAAAUCACAGUCAGAAUAAUGUUGCAAGUGUGGAAGUUGAAGUGGAGGGUGAUCUGGAGAAUGUUAAUGCUGAGUCCUUGCAAGAAAGGCCUGAUCUUCAAGUCGCUAAUGUGGAGGACUCGACAGAAUCAAAGUUCGAUAUUCAAUGCCCGUUAUGCCGUGGAGCCAUACUAGGCUGGAAGGUUGAUGAAGAAGCCAGAAGAUAUCUCAACCUGAAGAAGAGAAGUUGCUCACGCGAGGCAUGCUCGUAUCAUGGGAACUAUCAAGAAUUACGGAGGCAUGCUCGUAGGGUACACCCUGCUAUCCGACCUUCCGAUAUUGACCCAUCCAGAGAGCGUGCUUGGCGACGCCUUGAGCACCAGAGAGAAUAUGGUGACAUUGUCAGUGCCAUUCGUUCUGCUAUGCCGGGUGCUAUUGUUGUAGGGGAUUAUGUGAUUGAAAAUGGAGAUAGAUAUUCUGUUGACAGGGAAAAUGGCUCAGGUGAAGUCAAUGGACCUUGGUGGACUACUUUCUUUUUGUUUCAGAUGAUUGGCUCCAUGGAUUCUUCAGGUGAGCCAAGAUCAAGGGCAAGGGCUUGGAUGAGGCAUAGACGCCCAGGAGGGUCUGAAAGGAGGCUUCUUUGGGGUGAGAACCUGUUGGGUUUGCAGGAUGAUGAUGAUGAAGAUGACGACGACGACGAUAGUGAUGAUGGGAUCCAUGUGCUAAGUGACGGGGGUGAAGAUGCAUCUCCAAUCCCUAGAAGACGUAGACGGUUGAUGCGAUCAAGGUCUGAUGAGGAUCGGUCGUGAUGGAGGCCUGCUUUUAUGGUAUCUUCUCUAGCUUUCUGGUGCCGAUAGUGCCUGAACUCAGGAGCUUUUCUUCUGACAAAAUGUUACUUUCACCUGUAAUAUUUCUUCAGUGAUGUGCAGAAGCUGCCUUCCCGUGGAGCAGGAUUGCUAACUCAUGAACACCAUGCUAGAAAGCCGCCAACUGGUAUGGAGCAUCAGCAUGAAGUUUCGGGAAUGGUUUGAAGGAACAAGUUCGUAUGGCGUCGCGCCUUUGUCUCGCAAUUUAGUAUUUGGGUCCAGAAUGCAUGAACUUCCUGUGUCUGGAAUUCAUGUAUUUCAGUUCCUCUUCUUCUAUAGUAGAUAUCCUGGCCAUCACAUGGUUAAGUUAUAUGCUUAUAUUUAAUGGUUUGUUUCCAUCUUUGUAACUGAAUGCCUUAUCUUUUCUGGAAAAGGAUUGGAAGACUUAAUAGUUGUGUAUAUUGUACAGUUAUUCUCAUCA